AUGUCAACAACAAGAGAGGCAAGCGCCGUUUCAAAUACGACCUCAGUCCAAGUCGCCGUCCGCAUUCGUCCCGUCACAUCCGCAGAUCAGAGCAGCAUCCCGCCAAGAUGGCAAAAGAGCAUUCUCACCGCCUCUUCCCCUAGCAGCGUCACUGUCGAGCCUGGAUCCGCACCGCCAGCAGGUCCAGGCGCCGCGUCCUCUGCUUUCGCAACCCGCGAAAAGCGUCAGGCCUUCACCUUCGAUCGUGUCUUUUCUCCCGCACAUGGUCAAUCCGAGAUCUUCACUGUCGCCGAACCCCUCAUCGACCGCUUCAUGCAGGGCUACAAUGUCACUAUCCUCGCAUACGGUCAGACCUCGAGUGGAAAGUCAUAUACCAUGGGCACCUCGGCCGCUGACCAAGUCGACUACGAGGGUCUCGUCGCUGGCCGUUCUACUGAUCCUCAGAUGGGUAUCAUCCCACGCGCUGUUGCCCGCAUCUUCUCCUCUAUGCCUCAGAACAAGGCUUCCGGCACCCAGUAUAGCGCCAAAGUCAGCUUUAUCGAGAUCUACAACGAAGACCUCAUCGACUUGCUCGCUCAUGCCGCAGAUGGCGAGUCCACACCACACGUACAGAUCCGAGAAGGCAAAAACGGUCAGAUCAUCUGGAGCGGCCUCCGUGAGCUCAAGGUUGCCAAUGUCGCUGAGGUCAUGAACUACCUCUUGCAAGGUAGCUCCGUCCGUAGAACCAACGAAACCGAUAUGAAUGCUCAGUCUUCUCGAUCCCACGCUAUCUUUUCCAUCACUCUCACCCAGAACAAGUGGGUCGGCUCAGGCCCACCACCCAACGCUGCCCCUCCUUCUAGCUUUGGCGGCAGAUCAACGCCGGCUGGCAGAACUCUUUCAAGCUUGUCACGUGCUUCCGGCAUUCCCAUGGCUGGUCGUGUUGCAUCGCCUUGCUUCGGUCGCAGGACGCCCAGCGGCAUUCCAGCCCUCGGUGGACGCAGCUCAUCCAUCGCUCUCCGCCCUGCAAGCGUCGCAGGUGAUAUGGCCGACGACUCGCUCUCCCGCAACAGUGCCUCUCUCGAUGGCGAAUGGCACACUGUCACCAGCAAGUUCCACUUUGUCGAUCUGGCAGGUUCAGAGCGUCUAAAGCGCACAGCAGCACAGGGCGAUCGUGUCAAGGAAGGUAUCUCGAUCAACUCUGGAUUGCAUGCACUUGGCAACGUCAUUUCUGCCCUCGGCGAUCCUGCCAAAGCUAAGCGUGCCACCCACAUCCCCUAUCGUGACAGCAAGCUCACCCGAUUAUUGCAAGACAGUCUCGGCGGUAACGCGCAUACCCUCAUGAUCGCUUGCGUUUCGCCUACCGAAUACAACGUCAGCGAGACCGUCAACACACUCCAGUACGCCAACCGUGCACGCAAUAUCAAGAACAAGGCCCAACUCAACCAGGUCGAAGUCGGCUGGGACGAUGUCGAUUACCUUCAGACACUUGUUCAGCGAUUGCGCAAGGAGCUCAGCCUGAUCAAGGGCCUCGGCAAGGGUGCUAUCGACCUCGACGACCCGCGCAACAAGGAUGCUACCCGCACCACACAACGCGAGAUCCUCGCAUGGCAGGACAAGUACGCUUCCCUCAGUCAAAAACACAGCCAGCUCACUGCCCAAGUCACCCAACUCCGCACUCAGCUCGACCCAAGCAAGUCCGACGGCAGCGAGCAAGACUUCUUCCGUGCUGCUGAGCCCAUCAUUGUCGAAUACGAGAAAUCCAUCGAUGCCCUCGAGGGUCAGCUCAACUUGACCAAAGCUGCACUCGCCUAUGUCGAGGACCUCGCCAACGAACGCCAAGCACAGAUCGAACAGCAGAGCAGCCAGCUCGAGAUCAUCGGCAGGCAACUCGACGAGAAGGAGGCAACCCUUGCAGAGCUUCAGUCUCGUCUCACCAAAUUACAAGAGCGCCAGUCUUCUGCCGAGGUGUACGCUCGCCAGUUGGAGCAACGUCUUGAAGCAGUAGGCACCCGCCGCGAUACCGACUCGGCUGUCUUGGCCGAACUGCAAAAGGAGCUUGCACGACUCAAACAGGUUGAGACCUCGUCAGAGCAGUACAUCCGCGAUCUCGAGGCCAAGCUGGCCUCAUCGGAAGAGUCGGCCACCAGUCUCACCAGCAAAGUGGCACAGAUGGAGGCGGACAUCGACAAACGCGAUCAAGACUAUCGCAACUUGCUCUCAAGGUUCCAGCUGCUCGACAGCGGCAAAGAGACGCAAGCGAUUGCCGCUGAGCUCGAGGCAAGGAAUGUCGAGGUGCAGAGCCUGGAGAGUCGUCUGGCUGCUGCUACUGCUAAGCACGACGAUCUCGCUUCGCGCUUCGACGGCCUCACUGCACAGCACCAGAAGCUCGCUCAGCUCAGUGAUGGACAUCAGCAGGAAAAGCACAGUCUCGCCGAGAAGAUCAAGCAGCUUCAAGUGGCUACUGCUGCUGCCAAGGCUAAUGGCGGCGACCAUGAUGGCAAGCACGCUGCUGCUGACAGGGCGGUUGCGCACAAUACGGCUACAACCUCUGCUGCUGCUGGGGUCGAGGCUGACGCAGCGACCAAGCAGCUCGAGGAACGACUGACCAGCCUGCAAGAAGAGAUGCGUGCAGUACGCGACUCCGAGUCGAGCAUUCGUGCCGAGCUAGAGUUGACCAAGCAGAAGUACAAAGAGUCUCUCUCCGAAAUCAACGACCUCAACACGCAACUCACAGAGAUCAAGCUCAAUGCUGGCGUACCCUCGCAUCUCGAGUCCGACUCCUCUUUCAAGCUUGACAAGGACGAUGCCGACGAUGAGCAGCUCGAAGUCCUCGACUCACAAGGAGACGAGAACCGACCUCCCGGAACCCCACAACGUGGCGGCAAUCAUCAGCGCAGCAUCACCAACCGUGGCCGACCCGGCAGUCUUCUCAUCGACACCACCAACCGUCCGACGCCUAGCCCAUCUUCCAACCGUCUUACUCGCCGAUCAUCCGGUUCUUUUUUAGGCUACAACAAGAGCGACGGGACGAGGUCCAACGCGAUCUCUCCGCUUGCUCACGGUCGCACGCGUUCCAUCUCGCAGUCUUCAUCGCUGGACUUUGCAUCGGCCUUGCCUUCGCAGCUCACGCAGACCUUGAGGGGACCCAGGCCAUUGUCGCUGACUGGCUCUGUACCGCCUUCGCCCACGCUCAAGGCCUUCGAGCCCGAUUCGGCGGUCAACUAUGAACGCAAAGUCGCUUCGCUCGAGAAGGAGACGAUGCGGUUGCAAGAGGCGCUCAGGGAGAGCGAUGAGGAGUUAAGGGCGAUGGAGACGUCACUGAGGAGUCGAAGGCAGUCUACGCUUGUUGCAGGCAGUGAGCAUGGGACCUCGACGGAUACUGUCACGGCGCGGGAGAGCGAGACCGAUCCAAAGCUGCUCGUUCCUGCGAGCGCUGGAGUGAACGGCGUCGAGGCAGCGACAGAAAAGGAUCUCGACGCGAUUCGACGCCUGAUGGCGGAGAACGCUACAGCUGGAGCAGCAACCGACUGGAACGCUACCGGAACGCAGAUGCUCGACGACCUGAUGCGAUCCAUGGCCCGUAAAGAGACCCAACAUCGUGAAAUUGUCGAGUCGAUGUCAGCAGAGCUCAACACGCUCCGCAAACAGAACGAGACGCUCGAAGCUUUGUCAAGGGAUCAGAUGGCCAACAUGUCGCAAGAGAUUGAGGAGCUGCGUGCUCAACUCGCUGAUGCCAAGACCAAUGGCGCAGCAGCAACUCAUGGAGCGGAGGUGACUCGAUCCCAAUCGAGCCGUCGCAGCCUUGCUGACGAGCUCAAUGCCGCAACAGUGGCUGAGCAGGAGGACGCCAACGUUGCAGCCCAGACUCAACUCGAGCAGCUCAAGACUGAGCAUGCCUCGGCUGUUGAGAGCCUCAAGCAGGAGCACGAGAAGAGUCUCGAGCAGCUCGUUCAGCAACAUGCUGAGGCUCUUAGCAAGGUUCAGGCUCCCUCUGCCGCUGCCAUUGUCACGUCCAGAUCUAUUCCUGGUGGGUUCGGUGCAGAUGAAGACGACGACGCCGCUGUCGCUGAUCACAGCAAAGCUCUUUCGGAUGCACGGGAAGAGCAUGCACGUCAAUUGGCCAAGCUCAAGGAAGAAUCCGACGCUAGCCUGUCCAAGGCACUCGCAGCACAAGCCGCUCAGCACGAGAGCAUCGUCGCCGAAGAUACAGCCAAGCUGGCCAGCCAGGAUGUUGAGUCAAAGCAGAUGCUGGAAGCAGUCAGGGCAGAGCAUGCAUCGCAACUCGACGCUAUGCGAGACAGCCAGGCCAAAUCAUCGGAGGAGCUCAAGAUGAAGUUGGAGGCCCAGCAUCUCUCUGCUCUCUCGAUUGCUGUACGUGAAGCUGAAGAGGCUGCGGCUGCCAGAUAUGCUGCUGAACUUGAAAAGAUGCACCUGCAACGUUCUGGCUCGGCCACGGAGGCAGAGGAGCAACUCACUGCGCUCAAGGCAGAACACGCUAGCAUGCUCGAGAAAGUCAAGUGGGAGCAUGCAGCCAAGCUGGACCGAGCCAUGCUAGAUCUUCAAAUCGUCAGUGGGGAUCGGGACGAGACUCGACAAGCGUACGAAGAGCUGCAGGCAAAGCAUCAGGAUCUACUCAGCAAAGUCGACAUCGAUCCGCACGAGGUGGAAACGCUGCGUGCCGAGUUGAACGACACGAGCGAUGCCUUGGUCACGCUGGAAGCUGCAUUGACCGAGACGCAGGAAGAGCGUGAUCACCUGUUGAUCGAGAUCGAGACGAUCCGACAGGAAGCUGAAGCGCAACAGCAAGAUGCGUCGAUCGUAUCGAAUGACAGUGCUGUGCGUAGUGCAGCUGCAUCGAGUCCAGUGGAUGCGAUCUUGAAGCGCGAGUUGGAAUCUCACAAAUCCAUGCUCUCCAAGACUCGCGGGGAUAUGAGCAAGCUCAAGGCGGAACUGCAAGCUGCUCGAGACGAGUGCACACGGCACGAACAUUCGGUCAAGGAUCUACAACUCCGAUUGGCGACUUCGGAGACUCGAUCUGUUCGUUCUCAUGGUAGCAGCAGCUUUGGACAGCAGAGUCAGAGCGAACACGAUGCGGCCUCUGCAGCUGCGUCGUUGGCGAAUGGAGCUCGCUCGCCUAUCAACGGCCGACGUGUUUCGGACUAUGAAGCUAGCUUGUUGGAUUUCAGAAGUCACCGCCCUAGUUUGGGCGCGGUGAAAGCACCUCCUCCCACUCCUCCGCCAAAUAUGCCUCCGCCUCCGACACCUGCCGGAGCUGGAGACCGUAGUGCGUCGGGUAGCAUGAUUCGCACAUCAGCUGGAGUCCGCACCUCGACACCGUCGGCAGUAGCACGUCCCGAGUCUCCGGGCAACGCGGGAACGGGAAUGAUGACUCGUUCCUCCUCUCUAACUUCGGUGCACUCGCCAGCAGGACACAUGAUGGGGAAUGGCAUCAGUCUCGGGCCGGACGUCAAACUCACGCGUCUCCUCUCGGAACAAGCGGAAGAAAUCAAGAACCUAGCUAAACAGCUCAACCACUGCGAAGCGGAUCUGCAAGCCAACAUCGAUUUGGUUGCUACGCUGGAAGCUGCACUGAACGACAGCGAGCGUAACCUGCGCAAAAGCCGUGUUCAGCUAGCGGAAGUGACGAGGGAAAGAGAAAGGUACGCAGCAGAGGCCAACGCCAUGCGCGCUCAGUUGAAUUCGGCACAAUCCGAAGUGGAGAAUGUCAGAAACAGCGUUAUGCUGGAGAAGCAAGGAUACGAGAGUAAGAUAGAAGAGGAGAGACAGGCCAAAGAGAGGGCAAGGAAGGCGUUGGAGGCGAGAUUGGAAGAAGUUAGUAAGCGGAAGAACAACAAGUUGUUCUGCCUAUAA